CACCAACCCCACAAUGUCCAAACCACAACCACCACCACCACCCCUCCCCCAAAAAACAACCCUCUCCCUCUCCACCCGCCUCCUCACCUACCUCGGCCCACCCUCCCUCCUCCUCCUAACCUUCUCCAUCUCCCCGCAAACCGCUCUUCUGUCGCCCCUCACCCUCAUACCCUCCACCAUCUUCUACCGCCAAUGGAAACACUCGCCUCCCUCCCAACGCGCGGAUCUCGAACCUUUAAUCUGGACGUUCGUUUCCGCCGGGACACUAGGACUCGCGAUUGUUGCCGCUGCCCAGAUGGCGAUCGUCAGCAUUGCUAGUCCUUUGAUCUUUCGUUCGAAUCCUGGGUUGAAGGAUGAGUUCUGGGUUGAGUUCCAGCGCCAUAGUAUCGAGGGGUUGAACGCGGAAGUUUUGGGCAGGAGAGCGCGUAUUGCUGCUUCGUGGCAGAACUGGGUGUUUAAUGGUGUUCUAUUCUUCGUUGGAGCGGGGUUGGUGGAGGAGGUGUUGAAGUAUAUUCCUGUCGUCUACGCAAGGCGGUGUCAAGAGAAGAAAGCUAGGGCGUACGUAGAUUAUGCGAUUGCAGGAGCAUUAGGUUUCGGGUUUGUGGAGGCCUUAGGGUUUAUGUACGGAUCGAGAAAUGAGGCAUGGUCGAGAUUUCUGCUGAUUGUGUUUGAGAGGAUGGUGCUUGGGCAGACGGGACAUGUGGGUUCUGCUGUUUUGACGGCGCUGAGGGCUGUUAGAAGGGAUUUCCGCGGGGAGAAAAUUGGGAUCUGGGGUGUUAUUUGGCCAGCGGUUAUGUUUCAUGGGUUGUGGGAUUUUGUGGCUGUUAGUGCUAGUGCUUUGGAGGGGAAUGUGGGGUGGAUUCAUCCGAAGGGGACAGGGCUUACGGUUGGUCUUAUUGGGAUGGCUAUUGGAAUGGUUGGGACGAUUUUGUGGCAGAUAAAGAAGGAGUGGAAAGUGCUUGAGAGAGAGUUGAAGCUGGUGAGAUGAAAUCUGAUGACAGUGAGAUGAGGAAGACAUGAGGACCAGCGAAAGAUGGGUCUUGGUUUUGAGUUGUAUUUAUACCCCUCUCUUUUGGAAGAUUCUCCCUCUCUCUUCUACAGAAUACCUCUUCGGACGAAAGAAUUGCUUUUCUCCUUGACAAAGAGGUUUUUAGAAUCAAAAAUCUCCGUACAGGGAGUCGGACAUCGAAGAAGGAACCAGUCAACUAUCUGUUUCCGCGACUUCCAAAUCAAAACAAGAGGGCUAUAUAUUUGAAGACCAAGUGUUAAACAUUAACCUUUGCAGACUGCACUGGCAGGACUUGAAAUCAAAACGAUCGCUUUCUUCUUAAGUCUCAACCCACUCCACAUGUACUCGAAGCUUUCAAGCAGAUAUGGAAUAGAAUCAACCGGGUACUUGCCAUCCUCUCAAGCAC